CCUAGAGACCGGGCGCGGGUGGCGCGCGCAGGCGCGGUGGCGAGCUGCGGUGCACUGUGGGAUGGGAGACCGGCGCGCCGGGACGGCGGGCAUCUCGGGGCACCGGGCGGAGGCGCGGCGCGCGAGGAGGGGAGCGGGCUGUCGCGGGCGCCAGCGCCAUGAACGCCGCAGUGGUGCGGCGGACGCAGGAGGCGCUGGGCAAGGUGAUCCGGAGGCCGCCGCUCACCGAGAAGCUGCUGAACAAGCCGCCGUUCCGCUACCUGCACGACAUCAUCACCGAGGUGAUCAGGAUAACUGGCUUCAUGAAGGGCCUCUACACAGAUGCUGAGAUGAAGUCAGAUAACGUCAAGGAUAAAGAUGCAAAAAUUAGCUUCCUGCAGAAAGCCAUAGAUGUGGUCAUGAUGGUCUCGGGAGAACCCUUGUCAGCAAAACCAGCUAGAAUUGUGGCCGGGCAUGAGCCUGAAAGAACCAAUGAGCUACUUCAGUUGAUUGGCAAGUGCUGCCUCAACAAGCUCUCCAGCGAUGAGGCAGUGAAGAGAGUCUUAGCUGGGGAGAAGGGGGACUCGAGAGGUCGGGCCUUACGGACCUCCAAAGCGCAUGAGUCUGACAACAAGAACGCGAAGGAAGAAGACUCCAGAACUCAUAAAGAGGAUAAAAGAAACUCUGAGGUAAAGGAGAGGAGCACAAGUGUGGAGCACAAACAGAAGGAAGAAUUGAAAGAAGAAAACAGACCCCGGGAGAAGGACAAGGACAAGGACAAGGAGAAGGCAAAGGAGCCUGACAGAGACCGACACAGAGACUCUGACAAGGAUAAACUCAGAGAAGGGGAGCGAGAGAAAGCCAGGACACGCACCAAGCAGGACAGGGACAGAAGCAACAAAGACCGGGACAGAGAGGCGGAAAGGGACAAGGAGAGGGACAGGAGGGGCGAGGGUGGGAAAGAGAAAGAGAGGCUGAAGGACCGAGACCGCGACAAGGGAAAAGACCGGGAGCGGCGGAAAGCGAAGAAUGGGGAACAUUCCCGUGACCCUGACAGGGAGAAAAGCAGAGACCCAGACAAGCCGGAGAGAAAGUCAGCAAGCUCAGGGGAGAUGUCUAAAAAGUUGUCAGAUGGAACUUUCAAAGAUGCCAAAGCAGAGCUGGAGGUUGAGGUUUCUGUGGGAGCAUCCAGGUCCUUGACAUCAAAAGCAUCAAAACGGAGAUCUAAGAACUCACUGGAAGGAAGGAAAGAGGAUAAUAUUUCAGCUAAGAUUUUAGACUCCAUAGUGUCGGGACUAAAUGACGAACCAGAUCAGGAAACGACAGCUUCAGAAAUAGAUGAUAACUCAGCUAGUCUGUGGCGGGAGAACGCUGAGCCAGAGCCAGCAGUAAAACAGAAAGGCGACUCCCCCAGUGACGCAGAAGGAGAAGCUGGGCCUACUGGGCAAGAAAAGCCUGAGGUGUCAGAGAAUGCAGAAGUCCCCAGUGAACUUUCCUCCAGUCUCAGAAGAAUACCUCGGCCUGGGAGUGCGAGGCCAGCACCUCCCAGGGUCAAGCGACAAGAAAGCACUGAGGCGUUGGUGGGUGACAGGUCCGGAAGUGGUAAAACUGUCUCCAAUGUGAUCAUCGACUCACAGAAUUCGGACAAUGAGGAUGAUGAGCAGUUUGUGGUGGAAGCCGCCCCUCAGCUCUCAGAAAUGUCAGAAAUUGAGAUGGUGCCGGCAGGGGACCUGGAGGACGAGGAGAAGCAUGGUGGGCUUGUGAAAAAGAUCUUGGAGACGAAGAAGGAUUAUGAGAAAUUGCAGCAAUCUGCCAAGCCAGGCGAGAGGGAGCGCUUGCUCAUCUUUGAGUCAGCGUGGAAGAAGGAGAAGGACAUCGUUUCCAAGGAGAUAGAGAAGCUCCGCAUGUCCAUCCAGACCCUGUGUAAGAGUGCGCUUCCCCUGGGAAAGAUCAUGGACUACAUCCAGGAGGACGUGGAUGCCAUGCAGAACGAGCUGCAGCUGUGGCACAGUGAGAACAGACAGCAUGCUGAGGCCCUGAGCAAGGAGCAGAGCAUCACAGACAGUGCAGUGGAGCCCUUGAAGGCAGAGCUGUCCGAGCUGGAGCAGCAGAUCAGAGACCAGCAGGACAAGAUCUGUGCUGUGAAGGCCAACAUCCUGAAGAACGAGGAGAAGAUCCAGAAAAUGGUACACAGUAUCAACCUGACAUCACGAAGGUGAAUGGCUAGCCCCGCGGAGAUGGAGCCGUCUUCCUCAUGAUGGGAGAAGGGGCAGGAAACCGACACGUUGAGCCCUAGUCUGCUGAGAAAAAUGGCCUGCAGAUGCCUGGAACCAGCUAAAGUCAGAGCUUUCGGUUUAGGCGCUAAACUUAUUAAAAGGAUGUGUUUUCUUACCCUCUUCCAGCUGCAGUACUUGCUACUUUAGUCUUCAGCUUGCCUUUGUGGGAGGGCUUAUUCCUCUGUGUUUUUGGCAAAUACUGUUUUCUGCUGCGGCCUGUUUAACCCUGUGCCCAAAGUUUCUACCAGGUAAGUUAUGUCAUGCUACCAGGUAAACUACGGUCUUCAUUUCGCUUCUGAGUCUCCCAGAAGGACUUCUACCAGCACUGAGCAAAGGGUGGCUGUGGACUUUUUGGUGUGUGCUUUACAAAAAGAAAGAAAACAAGGCCUCAAAUGAUUAAUUUUCAUUUCUACCUGAAAGGGACAUUUCAGCCCGCUGUGUCUUUGAAAGGUGCCUGUUACCUGUGCAGGGUGGCCGCCCUACUGCUGCGCAUGCAUCUUUCUGCAGUCCCCUCAUGGUCCUGCUGUGUGCAUUUCCAUCAGUUCAUACUCUGAAAAAGAAUUCAGUCUGGCCUUCUUGGGCGCUGUCUGAUGGGAAACUGUCGCUGGUUACCAUCUUGGCUUCCAUUAGUUUCCAGGAUCCUUCUGAUGGAUAAGCAGUUCCCCAAGUCUCCUAAGACCGUGUAGCAUGAAGCACACACAGCACAGUCCUUUUCCUCUAUGUAGGUGUGUGCACCGAGAGCUGGGAGUGACGGGGACCAGAAGAAAGAGAGCACACCAAUUUAUAGUUUGUAUUUGUUUUCCUUUUUUAAAGGUCCUUUUUUAAAAGCAUAGUUUUUAUGGUUUAUAUUCAGUUUUCAUCUACGUAAAAUACUGUAAAUACUUAUUAGGGUCUUGAAUUAUUGUCUAAAGGAUCUCACUGUCUUUGGAGAUGUUCUUGCUGGCUUAAGGUCUGAGAUGGUCCUCAUGUUUCUGAGUAUUUAUUAUGUUCACUAAGGCAAACCCUGGUAAGUGUGAAGACUGCCUGAGCACAUUUUGUUUCCUAAAGGCUUGCACACAUGGCACAGCUAGUGUUUCUCAGUCAAUUAAAGGCAGCAGCCCAGUUCUCAGCUGUCACAACAGUGUGGGGACCCCUUCAGCCGGGGUCCCCCUGGCUUCUCUUGGCUGAAGCGCACCACACUCCCCUCCCACCCAGAUGCUUCUGAGGGGGAUGGGGAAAAAAGGAGGCUUGUAGUCAACUAGUCUUUUGUAUGUUUAUAAUCUCUUUUCUACUGAAGUGAAUGACUUAGCCAUAACCCUAAGUGGACCCUAUGUAGCCCAAGUUAACAUACAUAUAUACAUACAUACAUACAUAUAUAUAUAUAUCUCCUUUUAUGAAUUUGUAUAUAUGAAUAGAAUUUUUAUGUUGCAAGAAUUACAUACAUUGUGUGUGAGUAAAUUUUAUAUGCUGUAGUCUAUCAGAUUGUACCAUAAAGUUUUAUUUUUCUUUUUAUACAUAAAUCAUUAAAAAUAAUCACCUAUUUUUCCUAUAA